AUGGCAUACGAGGUUGAAGAUGAAGUGGACUGGAGUGACGGUACUCUACACGAACUCCUCCCUUCAUCUGCUGAGGGCCCCGGAGACUCUGUAUAUGUCAGUCCCGUCAUGUACGAAGACGAUGAGUCGGAUUAUCUGCUCAAGCCCCAAAGGAACGAUCAUUUCGAGAUAGCUUUGGGUACAGCCCUUUCCCCGGCGACUCAACGAUCCACUUUGACUCGAGCUCAGCGCGCUCGCCUUGGUAUCUGUCUGGAUCGUCAGCCAUCGGAACAAUACUACGCACACUUCGCAUUCUAUUAA